ACAGUAGUUAGUGCAUUUAUGACUGAAGCAAGAUGGUUCAACAAUAACUAUGUGCCACCAAUAGAGGAGUACUUAAACAUUUCAAAAAUAUCAUCCGGUCAAUCAUUACUAGUAACAUGUUCUUAUAUUGGCAUGGGUGACAUAGCCACAGAGAACAUCUUCAAAUGGGUAUCAAAUAAGCCAAAAAUGGUGGAUGAUGUUGCUACUCUCUGUAGGAUAAUGGAUGAAAUUGUAUCUAGUGAGUUUGAACAAAAAAGAGGACAUGUUUGUUCAUUGUUGGAUUGCAUUAUGAAGCAAAAUGAGAUGUCUAGGGAAGAUGCUAUUGAAGAAUGUAGAGAGAGAAUUGCAAAUACUUGGAAAGAUAUAAAUAAGGAAUGUCUUAAGCCAACUGAAGUUCCAAUGCCUUUUUUGACUCGUGCUAUCAACCUUUCACGUUUUAUGGAUGUUUUUUACAAAGAUAAAGAUAACUACACACAUUCAGAAGGAUUGAUGAAGUCAUGCAUCAAAAUUGUGCUUGUGGAUCCAGUUCCAAUUUGAGCUUUAAUGUUUUAGUCUUCUUGUCUUUAAGUUUGAAUAAUAAAAACAUGCAUGCAUGUGUACCUGCUUGUUGCAUGUGGUAUUUUUCCUUCUGUUUUUUGUUUGUUUUUUAUAGCAGAAAUUGAUCCAUGUACCC